AUGGCAGAGAGUGGUAACCCCCAAUUUGCAAUUGCUUGUUCACCAGUUUCUUCUACUUUUGGGGUUCUAUGCUCACUCUUUUCUUACAUUCCAUUCAUUAUUUUGCGUUUUUUUAGAUCAGAUAUUCAGAAUGAUGUAUCGGAUUAUAAGUGGUCCAUCAAAUUAAUUGUUUACUUGCAACUAACUGGGACAUUAGUUGGUAGUAUAGCACCUAUUUUCAGAUGUUUGACUGCCACCAGUCACUUCAACCUCUCCAUGAAAUGGAGCAUGCACCAUCUAAACGUGUUCCAUGUUGAGAAGCAUUGGAUUCAAAGGCUUCAGCAUUGGAAACACAGCCAUGUCCCUUCAUAUCUCCCAGGCCGCCAUCGCAAGAAAGUUUUCCGCAACAUCAGAAACAUAAUUUUGAACUUUUGUAUAGUGCUUCAGAUAAUGGUUGUGGUUAUAUGUAAAACAAUAUGUCUCAUUCCCAUAUCUUUUCUGAUCUUAUUCUCUUAUUGUUACCACUUCGUCAAGUCUUCCUUGAAGUGGUUCAAGGAAGAACCAAGUCCAUCCAAUAGCAAUGUGAUAUCCGAUAUGGAAGAAUAUACCGAUUAUGUCCUCCAAAUCGAACAGGAUGCGAAGCUUUCAAAGAGAUUAUUACGAAAUGCACUCAACUCUAUAACUCGACUUCUUCAAGAGUCUGAAAAGAAAGAGCCAAGGAAUCUUAUGAAGCUUCUCGAGAAAUCUACUGGAUUCAAUGGAUUAGUAGAAUUCGACAAUGACAGAGUUCCACCUUUACAUCCGGAAGAAAUACAGAAUUGCUGGAGCCUAGUAGCAGUGACAUUAACUGCCAUUGCACUUGCUCUUCCCAACAUUCCAAAUGGCCAAAUCAAGGGUUUGCUUGACAGCAUGACAGAAGGUCUCCAAUUUGUAAGACAUCAAAGAAAGCCUCAAUACAAAUGGUGA